AUGUUCCAGUUGACGCUCUUUAAGGGGGCAUACAUCAUGUCCCCUGGACAUGUGCCUGGAGCCGGUCACCACCAAGCAGAGAGCGUAUCGACUGCAGUCGGCUGCCCAGGGGGAGACAUCACCUGCAUGCGCUCCGUGAAUUACACAACUCUGAUGACCAUUGACAGCGAAGUCGCCAGCAAAUACAGCUACCAGCUCCAGCCGCGGAUAGAUGGGGGCAUAGUUGCCGAUACUUACGAAGCACAAUUGUACCAGAAGAACUUCCAUUUCAGCGGUCCCGUUGUGACCUCCCAUGAGCGCCACGAAGAAAACAGCCAUAGCUCCAGCUAUGUCACCAGCGCAGCAGAUAUUGCUGCCGAGCUGCAAAUGUACUUCCCCUCAAUCACGGAAGAUGUGGUUGAAGAGAUCCUCAAACUUUAUCCUGCCUCGCGUUACGCGAAUGCAGGUUACCGUUUUGCCGACAUUCGUCAGGGCUUCGACAUGACCGGCAAGAACUUGGCUCUGACUCAGGCGCUGCAUAAUGAGAUGUGGAAUGGUAUUACUUAUUACUGGUAUAAUAUUUAUAGUAAUGUGCCAACUAAUGGGUUGACUUCUUCUUCCUCCUCGUCAGUCAAUGUCACCGUUGCGCGCACCAUGCAACAGUACCUCCUUGCGUUCGUCCUAACCGGCAACCCCAACACUCUCUGGCUUGAUGACAAGAUUUACUGCCCGAAGUAUCGAAAUGCGACGAACACCAUCAGCUUCAAUACAACUAUGUCCAUUACUUUCGAUGACCUUGCCAACGACAAGACCCUCUUCUGA